UCAGCCGGGAACAACACAGUUUUUUUAUGUGACAGAAGAAAGCAGUAAUUACUCCCGCAGAAGUACGGGAAAACGGCUUUGUAUGAAGAAGCGUAACUUUACGCACAGGCAGCAGACGGUGGAUCAAACUGAACCCACAGACGUAGUAGUCUACAACCCACACAGAACCCAGUGGGGUUCUGAAGAAUAAGAAAAUGAAUCGGAGUUUAAGUAAAUCGCAGUCUUCUUUGCAGUAUCGUGCGACAGUGGAAGUGAAAAGCAAAUAUGGAGCAGAGUUCAGAAGGUUUUCCCUUAGCCGUUCCAACCCCGGGGAGUUCCAAGAUUUCUACAAGCUCAUCCUGCGCCUGCACCGUCUAACCAGCAUCGAUGUCAUCAUUGGCUAUGCAGAUAUCCAGGGAGAGCUACUACCCGUCAACAACGAUGACAACUUCUGCAAGGCCGUGUCCACUGCUCCUACCUUACUGCGGAUCUUCAUACAGAGACAAGAGGAAGUAGACGACAAUACCUUCUGCCCCAAUGCCACUGUGACACGCCGGAGGAAGGUGCCAGCGAUCCCCCUGCCACGCGGCGACGUGAACCGCAAAAGGCCCACGGUCCACAUCAGCAGGCCGCAGGACUUCCGCCCCAUCUCGUCCAUUAUUGACACAGAUUUCCUGCCCGCAUCUCAGCGCCGGGUGCGCCUUUACCGCCAGGGCUCAGAGAGGCCCCUGGGGUUCUAUAUCCGGGAUGGGACCACUGUGAGGGUGACUCCCCACGGCCUGGAGAAGGUACCUGGGAUCUUCAUCUCACGGCUGGUCCCUGGAGGCCUGGCUGAGAGCACAGGGCUGCUGGCCAUCAACGACCAGGUGCUUGAGGUGAAUGGGAUUGAGGUGAUGGGCAAGGUGUUAGACCAGGUAACAGACAUGAUGAUCGCAAACAGUCACAAUCUUAUCAUCACGGUGAAGCCGGUGAACCAGCGUAAUAACAUAGUGCGUACCGGCAGCUGGAUGUCGGGGAUAAACUCAGGCAGUGUCAGCUCUUUAGACUACCAGAGUUACCACAGCAUGCCCAUCUGUCAGAGUUACCACAGCAUGCCCAUCUGUGUGGGAGCCUACAGCCUCACUGAUGACGAGCUGCAGAGCGACGAGGACUUGGACAUUGUGAUUGAGAGAAGACUCAGAAACUCAUCCCGUCGCUCCAGUGCCUCCACCUCCACAGCCUCCCGUUCCCAGGCUUGGUCCCAGCCCCAGCAGAGUCCUAGGCCUUCUCCUAGGCCAUCCACCCGACGCCCUCCCCGUCGGCCUUACUCUGUCAUCUCCUCAACCUCCUAUCACUCACAGCCCAGCCUCACUAACCUGAACCUCAGACUGAACCGAGACCUGACCCUGCAGCAGCACUACGGCAGCAGCCCAGCCAUCAGGGAGAUGAAUGGAGGUGUGUUUAACCACAGCAGCCUGCUCACCCUGAGGACAGAGCUACGACGCAGCCUGGUGCUACAGAGGGGAGGGGUGGAGGAGGACGGAAUGGUCAUCACCUUGUGAUUCUACAGUCAGAUUCUAGAACACUACAAACCACAGGGGGCUGCUGAGGGGAGGACGGAAUGGUCAUCACCUUGUGAUUCUACAGUCAGAUUCUAGAACACUACAAACCACAGGGAGGGGAGGACGGCACAUAAAAAUGGCCAGAAUUAAGUGAAUGGUAUGGUAUAAAACACGUGUUUGAUUAAACCACGUGUUUGAUGCAUUUGAUACCAUUCCACUCAUUCUGCUCCAGCCAUUACCACGAGCCUGUCCUCCCUAAUUAAGCCUUUGUUAUACCUUUUCAAUGCUUGAGACGGAGGAGACGUUUCUUAUUGGCUGGGUCCCAAAUGGCACAACAUUUCCUAUAUAGCGCACUGCUUUGACCUGGACCCUGGUCACAAGUAGUGCACUAUAAAGGGAAUAGGGUGUUGAUGAUACAUUGUGAAUUCAGGGAUCUGACCUUUUGAACCCACUUAAAUGUUGUCCCUCUCAGCGUCAGUCUCUCAGCACAUUUGAAACCACAAAGCGGAGCUCCUAAGUAUUUAAUAUGGAAAUAGUCAUGAAACACCAUUAUGUAUUAUUAGUAAAUCCAGUUCUGGCACUUGUUGUUAUACUGUGAAUGUGCAUGUCCUUUACAUGUACUGCUGAUGCAUUGUGUAGAGAGAUUGUAUUAUUAAAGCUACAGCACUGUUGUGGUUUUAUUAUGUCUCCCAAGUGGCACAGCGGUCUAAGUCACUGCAUCUCAGCGCUAGAGGCGUCACUACAGACCCUGGUUCGAUUCCAGACUGUAUCACAACCGGUCGUGAUUGGGAGUCCCAUAGGGCGGCGCACAAUUGGCCCGUCAUUGUAAAUAAGAAUUUGUCCUGAACUGACUUGCCUAGUUAAAUAAAGGUUAAAUAAAUAUGUCUAAUGCCAUUUAUGAGGAAUAAAUCCUUAACUAUCCCCUUAACAAAAUAUCAAGCCAUUAUGUGUGUCCCAAAUGUCAUUAUGAACUGUGUCAUUAUGAACUGUCAUUAUGAACUGUGUCAUUAUGAAUUCUGUCAUUAUGAACUGUGUCAUUAUGAAUUGUGUCAUUAUAAACUGUCAUUAUGAACUGUGUCAUUAUGAACUGUGUCAUUAUGAACUGUCAUUAUGAACUGUGUCAUUAUGAACUGUCAUUAUGAACUGUGUCAUUAUGAACUGUGACAGUAUGAACUGUGUCAUUAUGAACUGUGUCAUUAUGAACUGUGACAGUAUGAACUGUGUCAUUAUGAAUUGUGUCAUUAUGAACUGUGUCAUUAUGAACUGUGUCAUUAUGAACUGUGUCAUUAUGAAUUGUGUGAGCCACUGGCAUUUGUAUCUGUGAGUUUUCAGCCCUUCUGUCCACAUACUUUGAUUAAAGAGCAUGUGGGCUAAAUAUCAA